CUGUAACAUACCUACAUGUUAACCUUCUAUUGUCAUCUUGUAUUUAAUUUGGAAUGGUACCAAGCAUUUAAACUUCAGUCUUCCAAGUCUGGAGGAGGCUGAGGCUGUCUCCAUGGAGACGUGACAGGGGAAGGAUGCAGCUACAAUUACUGCAAUGAAGGCAGCUGAUUGGCUGAACCAGAUGCUCAUUCUCCCCUUCACUUUUGGGUUGCAGCAAAAAAAAUAAAUGAUCAAGCACUUGGAUGAAGGUAGCUAUUAGAAAAGGAGUUAUAUUCAUAAAUCGAUUUAGUAUUGCAUCUUGGGUAAGUGUAACUAUUUUCCAUUUAUAUCUACUACAUAUUAAUGUUUAAUAUUUGUAUUUCAUGCAGGUUACAGUAUGCAUUGUUGUGUCUUUUUCUCUUAUUAGGAAGUGCGUUUCUCCUGUGCAGUAAAUAUGAUUCUGCCCUGUAUAUCUUACUAUUCUGCAAUUUUAUUAUAUAAGGCUGCCUUAUCCCAGGAUGCCUGACAGUUAGAGUUACAGAUUGCACAGAUCUUGUUCACUUACAGUCAUUUAACUACGCAUCAGGUCUGCAUUGUAUGUGAUGGUUAAAAUUUUCCUGAAUUUCGAGAAGCAGUGCUUGAAUUGUCUGUCAAAUGUUCCUUCCAUUCAAAGUUUGAAACCUCACAUGUUAGGCUGUAACUCCCAUUUGUUAAUGUAUUAUAUUCAUAAUUCGUUAAUAUAAAUGCAUAAAAAUAUAUACAAAAAUAAAAAAGAUAUUUACUUAAUAAUUUCUUUAGCUUUUGCACUCACUCAUUCAAGUUGCAGUUCAGACACUGCCUUCCCAAACCAGGGAUACGUUUUACCAAUCAAGAGCCUUUUAUUCUGGUCCCUGGGGUCUGAUCUUAUCACAAAAACCUAUCGUCACAGUUUCGUGAACAGCUCUAAGCACAGUGUUCCCCCUAAGCUGCUGACGUCCAUGCAGUAAAUUGAGAUAUCUUCUAGUAACAAUGCAGGUUUUAGGAUCCCUUUGCUCUGCUACUUAAAUCUCAGGUGAACUAUAUUCCGUGAACAUUGCAUCAUAAUAUAAUUAGCCUAAUUCCGAUAAUGGCAUUGAGAUAAAUAACAAGAAUCCUAUACUUUACAGCCCUUUUUUUUCAGGACAGUCAGUGCAAGGAUUUUUGGACACACAGACGAAAAUGUAUGUUGCCCUCCUCCCUCAAUGCAGCUUCUCCUAUGUGUCUCUUCCCCCCUUUUGAAUUUCUUAUCCCAUCUUUUUAAUAUCUUGACCCCUUUAGUGUAUCUUAUCCCCAUUUUCCCCCUUUGUAUGUAUCUUACUCCCCCCAGCCCCUUUGUGUGUCUUUGAUUCCUCCGAGCACCUUUGUGUGUGUCUCUCCCCCCAGCAACUCUGUCUGUGUCUCUUUCUGUCAUGGUGAACUUAACCCCAACACGCAGAGUGUAACUUCACAUUAAAAUUAAAACGUAUUACGUUAGAAUGGCCUUGCUUAACGUGAUACAAAAAUAGAAUAGUCGGGAGAUAGCCAGAAUUACAAGGGAGACGGAAAAUGGGAGAAGGCAAAUGAAUAGCCACGUCAAGGACAACAAAGGACAAGAUAGUCAAAAUACACAAGCUUAGUCAGAAACCAGAAAUAGACACAAGGAAUAUAAAGCACUAGAGGGACCAAAUAUUUGAACCACAAUAGGGCAUUGAAUGAGGCAAAAGUCGCUCUAUUUAUAAGUGAGCAUCUUCUGCUUUAAAUCUACCCCCCCCCCCCAAAACAUUAGGGGGUGGUAUAAAUGAUGCAAAUCAAUGUGGGGCAUGACUUAAGUAUCCGUGGUCAGAAUUCCCGGGCGCCAUAGGAGAGGAGUGAGCAUUAAGGGUCCAUGUGGUCACCCAGGAGCAUGGUAAGUAAUCAUGACACUUUCUCCCCUCAGCUCCUUUGUGUGUCUCUUUCUCCAUCAGUCCCUUUGUUACUUUCUCCCUUCUCCCAGGCUCUCUAUAUGUCUUUCCCCCAAGCCCCUUAGUGUGUCUCUUUGUCCUCUUCUCCAGCCCCUCUGUGUUUCUCUUUUUCUCCUUUCCCAGCCCUUCUGUGUUUUUUUUUCCUUUCCCCAGCACCUUGUCUCUUUCCCCCUCCUUUAAGUCUCUUUUUCUCCCUAGCCCCUUUGUGUGAAUCUGUUUCUUACCAGGCCCUUUAUAACUUUCUCCCUUUCAUCCAGCCCCUUGGUGUGUUUACCCCCCCAUCCUCUUUGUGUUUCUCUUUUCCCCCUUCUCCAGUCCCUCUGUGUGUCUCUUUCUUCCUUUCUUAGCCCCUCUCUGUGUCUCUUCCCCCCCAGUACCUUGUCUCUUUCCCCCAGCCACUCUGUGUAUCCUCUUUCUCCUUCUAGCCCCUCUCUGUGUGUCUUUUCACCCCAGUUCCUUCUGUGUCUCUUUUUCAUCUUCUCCAGUGUCUCUGUGUGUCUCUCUCCCCCCAGCACCUUGUCUUUUUCUCCCCCUUUUACAUGUCCUUUCCACUCCACCCAGGACAUUAGCAUUGAAAAAGGCCUUGUGCCCGAAACAUCUGUUUGUAUUGUGUCCUCAAAUAAACUGCAGUAGCACCUGGGUGUGCACAAACGUACUUGAUGUGCAGAACUCCAUCUUUUUCUCUGUUUAGGUGAAUGGCAGGAGGUGAGCACUGUCCUGCCAGUAACACAUACCUUGCGCCCCCCAGGCCCGCGCAAGCUAAGGAGGCCACUUGUGCCGCUUUAUGGUUGCGCAAGACCCUGAAUACACAAAGUGAUAUUACACUUUGCUUACUGCAAUAAGGGACCUGGUGGCUGGGAAGACAGGGUCGCAGUUGUUAGAGAUGUUUUGUGACAUGUUUUAGAAAUACUAUGCUAGGUGCCGGUUGAAUAGGAAAUGGGGAGUCACAAAGUAGUAGGGAAAGCAUUUGGGGGGGACAAAGUGGCAUUGGUGGCAUGAAAGACACAGGUGUAGGAGGUAUGAAGAAAAUGACAGGUCCAAGAAAGAGACAUCAGGUGUGGAAGUAAUGGCAAGAAGCACAAAGUGUAGGGAGCAUGAGAAGAACCACUGCAGAGAAGAAUUAAGAUACCAGUGGGGGCUUAGACAGGUUACCAGUCCCCUUCAUUCUUUAUUUAGGAAUGGUUAAUUGGGAAAAAUAAAUGUAUGGUACCAGGGCCCCUGUCUAACUCCAGGGCCAUGUUAGUCUGUUCACAAAAUCUCAUUCUGUGUUACUGUAUAUUGCUUUUGUUUCAAAGGGACCAUUAAAGCCACGAGAUCAAAUACAUGGCAUAUCAAAUAUCACUGCCUAUUAAAUAAAUUACUCUCAUAGGAAAACAAGGGGUACAUCACGUACAUGUUAGUAAUGAAGAGGAUUCAGCAAACCUUUGAUUGCAGUAACCAAGAUAAAACUACAUAGAAAUUCUAAAAAUACCGAACGGUGCUGAUGAAGUCAUUCCUUAAUUCUAAUUAAUGUCCCUCGAGUUCUUGCAUGAUAAAAAUCCCCCUUGUCUUUUUAAAAGCUGCUUAAGUGGAGGAAGGAUUGUACUUGCUCUACAUUUGACUGAAACUAAUGUGAUAAACCUCUUCUCUUCGCCCCAAACUGUCAUUUAAAAUGGAUAGUGUAAAUCUCUUACUGACACAACUGAUAACAUCUUAAAAAGGGAAAAUCUAUAGUGACAAUGACUGGUUGUUAACUCACAUUGCUCAUCUUCACGGUAUCGGAACGAGAACAUUUUACAGAAUAAAGGUUUACACAGGGACAAGAAUAAUGCAAAUAUUGCUGCCUUAAGAUGAAUAAAAUAGGACAUUUAUGGAAAAUGUAUCUUAUGCCCUCAUUUUAAUUUGAUUAUUUUUUGUGAAGGAGGUGGGAUACAGAAUAAAAAGUAUAAAAGUAAAUAAUUUCAAUUCUGUUACACAGACUUCCAUAAUUAUCCUGUACAUAUACUAUGUAGAAAACACAAAGAAAACAACAAACCAUUUUAAAGAAAUUGUAAAAAAUAAAUACCCAGUAGAUCAGGGGUUCCAGACAAAAUCUAUAUCUAUUUAUAUUGCAUACUUUAUUUUAUAUAUAGUUUUUUCUUAAUGUUAUUACCACAAUAGGUUAUUAACAUCAGUGAGCUUUGGGAUAAAACAUGAAUGGCUAGGGGUAUUAAGACAAUGUAUAUAGUAAAGAGACAUACCUCCAUGUCUCAGAUCUGUUCUUGUUGUUGGUGCAAAAGAAGGCAAAAAACAAGUUUGAAUCGUUUCCAAUUUUGCAACAAACUAGGGAAAAACUCUUUAUUGACCCCAGAAUGGCAGUCAGAUAUCUCCUUGGAUCAAUUAGCUAUUACAAAUAAAAGUCCCUGAAUAUUAGGUUUUCACAAGUAUUUAUCCAGUUGCUGUUUAAACAGAUUUUGAUAAAACCACCUGUCCAGGCAGAUAAUUUCACAUGCUUAUUGUUCUUACUGUAAACAACCCUUCCUUUUGCAUUAGAGUAAAACUCCUUUCUUCCAGUCUAAAUGGGUGAACUCAUGUCCUAUAUAUAGGCCUGUCUAUGAAUAGAUUUCCAGAUAAUGGUUUGUAUUGGCCUCAUAUAUGUUUGCAUAAUGCUCACCUCUAAAGGUGUAAUUUUUCUAAGCAAAAAUGAUUUAAAUUUGUUAACCUUUUUUAAUAUCUAAAUUCUUCCAUUCAUUUUGUAGCCCUACUCUAAGCUGUUUAUAAUGACAUAAUAUCCUUCUUUAGAAUAAGUGCACAAAAUUGCACAGCAUUUUAAAGGUGGUCUAACGAUAGAUUUCUAUAUGGAAUUUAAAAUCCAUAAAAUACUCCGGUUACAGAUAAAAAAAAAAAAAAGAAGGCUUUCAUAAUAGUGACCGAAUAAAUCAACAAAAUGGACAAAAUAUAAAUUAUUAUACUGAAGACCAGCGGGAGAAAGAGGGUUAAUCACCCUGGAUCUAAACCAGACAUGGCCCCUUGAAUGGUUGAAAUCUGGUCCAUUAACCAUACUAUAUAAAUAUAUAUAUAUAUAUAUAUAUAUAUAUAUAUUUGUAGUCGGGGCAAUCUAGCCAUGAUAAUAGUGUAACAUAGCAUAUUAUAACCAAUAGACAUAUUCAAAUGACACCAGUCUGUUGUGGUGUGCCGGAACCGACAGAGCAGUAGGCCUGUAAUAAAAGUGGGACCACCUUAGAGGGUGAUAUGAAUAGAGGGAGCGGUGGGAGGGGUGAUUCGCCAGACUGUCCACAGUAAAGUGGGAGAGGAUUGGCCGCCCUUUUAAGGGAAUUCAAGCCCCUCCCACAACUACAGGCCAAGGCCUUACAUUUGUAGUCGGGGCAAUCUAGCCGUGAUAAUAGUGUAACAUAGCAUAUUAUAACCAAUAGACAUAUUCAAAUGACACCAGUCGGUUGUGGUGUGCUGGAACCGACAGAGCAGUAGGCCUGUAAUAAAAGUGGGCAAAAAGAAGAAUACCAUACAAAAUUAAUCAUAUAACAACCAUCGUUUAUUCGGAUAAGUCACGAAAAGCUUGUAUUACCUUUUAUAACUGGGUACGGAAUGUAAGGAGUAUAGGCGGAGAACUUCCAGCGUCCCAUAGCCCCGAUGACAUGAGCUGGAAUGUGGUUGGAGGAAGCCGAGAAUGCUGCCCCUAUGCGGAAGGAGUGUCCUGAUGAAAGGUUUGUAUUAGGCCAAGCCUAGUUCACAGUAAGUGAACAUGAAGCAUGAUUUACAAUGAUGUAAGAAUGGAGCCAUGAAGUUCUGAUAAUGUUUGGAGUGGUUGUAUCUUGUAAGUGGUGCAAUAAGUAUCCCGAACUUUACUGGGCACUACUGUCUAGAGUAGGUAAUAGGAGUAUGGUAACCGUAUGUGCUAUAGGGAUAGGUAUAGACUGAUGCAGAGAUAGGACCUAAUGUUUUAAGGUGUCUGGAUAUCAGCUGUUCCCAGGUAUUCAGUGGUAGUUAUAUUCCGAUUGGUAAAUUCCUGGGACGUAGGAACCCAUGGCAUGCUAAAUGUAUGGCCGUUUGAUUGUCGUAUGGUCAUGUGCUCAACAGGAGCUGAAUCUACUAAGUCGGAUAGUGAAUGAAAUAUGCCGUGUGGAUGGGUAGCCUUUGAGUUGGUACGUGUGUCUUGGAUUUUGCAUUCCUUUCAGUAGGUCUUUAUCAGAUAGGAUGAGAGGAAUCCUGUAUUGUUGGGGUGUUAAAUGAUAAUUUAAGUAAAGGUGGCAAAAAGAAGUGAACCCCAAUAAAAGAUUCCAUAGCAAACAUGUCAAGAACUUGAAACCCCACUAUAGCCUUAGUGAAAAUAUAUGAACACCCUAUCGUAUAAGUACCUAGUGUUGACUGAAAGUGUAAGGUGAGAAAUGUGAUGUGCAAGGGUAAACCAAACAUUUAAUUCAUGAGCAUGUCUCGGAAAGACGGGGCAGGUUAGCUAGCCUGGAAGAGGUGGCAGUGUCUUUUCGAAAGCCUAAAAUGAAACCCAUGGAAGUGGUCAGCUGAGAUGUUCGUGAAACCCAGCACGUGAAUACAGUGAAUACAUGUGAUAAGAUUUGCAAGUGGCUACCCAUGUGAAAUUCCUCAACCGUCUCCUGAUGACCAGAGACGAAGAUUGGCCUAUAUGCACAAUGGCUAGGUGUAUGUGACUAAUAUCUGACCGAGUGACCGGACGAUAAUGGUCCCCAGGCUACGGCAGCUGUCAUGAUCGGACAUCAUUCAAACAAGGCCGAAGUAGAGGAGAAGCCGGGUUGGGAAUUAACGUCUAUGGGCCAAGACGCGCCACGCCAUUUAAACCCUCAGAUGGCCGCAAAACCAGAGUUUGCCGUGGCAUCUGUCCAAACGGAGGGUGAAAUGUCAGAGAGGGGGGUUAACAUGGCACGCCCUUUCCAGUAUUUUAGGAAAGCGCCACAUAAGUAAAUCAGAGGUUGCAUGAGUGACUAACGUGAUACGUUAUGCGUCCCUGGAAAGUCAUGGGAAUAAGGAGUAGUAACCGGGAAAUGAAGGAUCUACCCUGUGGGAUGAAUCACGUGCCUUGUUCUCAACAAAGGGGAAAAUUGUACAAGUAGAAACAACGGACGGACAUCAGUACAUAUUAAACCAUAACCAACACAAACUAUCAGCCAAGUAGCGCAGAUUCUGGGGCCGCUCUUGAGCUAAAAGUGAGUCGUGAGAAAAAUAAAGCCCCUGCCACAUAAAUGCAGAGCAGAUGCCAUAGCUAAGGGUGAAUGGGAAGUUAGUUAAAACAUUGACAAUGUCAGUUUUGGGCCAAGCGCCUGUACCAGUCACCAGGAUGGCCCAAAUGGCAUAAAUGAUAGUGGCAUAUUGUAAGGAAAGUUUGUCGGAGGGUAUGAGGGAAUGAAGACUGGGAACAGUGAAGAAGUCUAGUAUUGAUCUGGGUUUAAGUGAAACGUUCCCCGUGUCCCCCCUAUGGGGUUGGUUCUCCCCAAUGUGAAAAGGCGGGAAGCAAAACCCCCCACAACCCUCAAACUACUUCCGCCCAUAUAACUGUACACAUUAACUCUCGUCCUGUGAAAGCGGUUGCAAAUAAUUGCCGUCUAGUGUACCAGUUGUCAAAAUGUACCAAACCCAUGUUGAACCCUUAAGCCAGCCUAUUGCUGAUAAAUUUAACCAAACGAGGUGAGGGAUGGUAUUGUAAAAGUGUAACCAAUAACGUGACGUUGAAGCCUGUGUGGCGAGGUUAUAGGAAAACAUAAUGCGUACACAUGGAAUUAGCAUGAGCCCGGGAAUAAAGAGAACAAAACGUGCAACAACCUACCUGAACUAGAACCACCCGUCCCUCCGGACUUGAUACACAACAGAAAACAUACAUGUAACUCAAUCAUUAUAAGUGAGACGAAAGGGGCCUGGUACUGGCAGGCUAGCUAGAAGCCAAGCGGCGAAGAAUUAAGCUAACGAAACGUGACAGAUGAGUCCCUACUAAUUGCCAAGCGGCGUGAGAGGCGCUAGCUAUGAGUUGGCCCGAGGGGAUUUUUGAGGCCACCGAAACGUUCUGGCGGGGUGUCGGCCUCUCGGUGGCAACUAAAGCAUAAGAUAGAAUGGGAGUGACAUGGGAGGCCCUCCCUAUGCAACAAAGCAAGGCGGCUACCUAUGAAUUGGGCCGAGGGACGUAUACCUCCGAGUAUGAGGAUGGGUGUUGGCCUCGUGGGACCACUAACGUAUGGAUUAAGAGAACCUAGUUGGGCAACCUAAAUCUCAAAAAGCCAGUACUACCCUAAAUAGAAGUACGGGGUUGUGAAAACGUGCAUGAUACAGUUGGAGUCAGGACGAGAUUAUAAGCAGAAAUAGGAGUGCGAGGGAGGUAGUAGAUACGUGCUGCAACCUAGUAAAACGAUAAGGGGAGUAUCUGUGCGUAUAGCUUUUGUGAGUGGCCCAGAUUGUGGACCCGAACAGUAAAUGGAAACCUACCAUAACCCAUAGAUGAGCAAUGAAAAUAAGACAGAGGUAGGUGACGGAAUUGCAGUGCUCGUACAGAAACCGUCCCCCAAGACCAAGGCACCUAAAGAAAGCGAGAGGUUAAUGCCCAUUCAAAAUAACUUACAAGGAGUACAACCCAACACACAACAUCUACCCAAUAAGGCCAAGUAAUUGAUUAAUGAUGUCAUAAAACAUAAGCUCAAUAUCCUGCAAUAAGCUUGAUGGGAACAUGAUAACAAAUGUCAGCUAACAGAUAAAUUAAUUAACCAGCCGACGUACCGAGGACUCCUAUGGCGGGAGGCGACCGUGAAAGUAGGAUACCAAAACAAUUAUACAAACAAAUGUAAAUUUAUACUGUUAGAUUUGAACAUGUUAGAAGACGUUAGUAUAACAUAUAUGUGAAACAUAGGGUACACAGCCCGGCCAUAAGUGUAUUAUAGAACAACAGUGUUGUGCCUAGGUUGCUGUCCAGAGAAACAUAAACAUUAACCUUAUGUAAAUAUACACAUUAUUAUAGACAAGCUCUGAAAAAUUAGUAAAAAGCAAAAUACUAAAGCCAUGAUGUCUAUAUAACCUACGCGCGUCAUAUAAGACUAAUCCAUACAUUUACGUUAGACAGAGAUAUAUGUGAAACCGUGUAAGUCGUAGAACCUUUGAGGGGCUACUAGCUGUUAAGGAGGAGCCACCACCUGCAAAUCUCUUAACCAAAUGGCUGAAAAUCCGCCACAAUGAGGAGAAUGUAAAUGAAAGCCCUUACCCUAUAUUUAAAGACUUCUCAUAAAGAGCCGAAAAGAAAGUGCCGAACGUGGCACGAAAUAGCAAGAUUUAUGUGAGCAGCGUUGCUGUGAGCAGUUAAACCUGACGAAUGAACCCGUUCGGUAAAAAGCAAACCGUCACGCAGCAAGUUUAAAAAGUGCAAACUGACUACACAUGCUCAACCCAGCAUGUCUGCGGGUGGGCAGGAGGCGUGUAUGCAGGGGUACGUGAAUUGAAAACGUGGUGUGGGGGAAACCCGGUGAGUAGGAAGGGGACAGAACUACUGGUCUUGACGGCGUGCUAAGAGGCACCCAUCAUGAAACUUACUAUUAGCGGUCCGACCUUGUGGACCCGACAGGUGUCCGAUGGUGCAGACAGCGUUUCUGAGAGGCACCCCUGUCUGUAUAGACUCACUGAGGGGUAACAAAACGCGUGGAAUGGACAGGCGCCCGGCAGAGGGGACUCACAGCGGGAGCAGGACCUCCGUGAAGAGAUGCCGAUCAGGACCCUUGAUUUUCGACCCGGAAGUGCAACCCGACCUGAAAGCGAAAACCCCCAGCAACGCUGAAACUUGAGUGCAGGUAACCCCUCUGGGAACCGGAAGUCCAGUCUGAAUUGAUUCGCCAGACUGUCCACGGUAAGGUGGGAGAGGAUUGGCCGCCCUUUUAAGGGAAUUCAAGCCCCUCCCACAACUACAGGCCAAGGCCUUAUAUAUAUAUAUAUAUAUAUAUAUAUAUAUAUAUAAUGCAGAUUGUACUUAUGGCAACAAAGGAGGUGGGACAUUCCAUUUUAGAUAUUUAAAAGCAAAGGUUGGCAUAGAACAGGGGUAGGCAACCUUCCACACUCCAGACAUUGUGGGCUAAAUCUUUAAUGAUGCUCUUACAGCCAUAAUGUAGGCAAAGCAUCAGGAGAGAUGUAGUCCAUAACAUCUGGAGUGCUAAGGGUUGCCUACUCCUGGCAUAGACCAUAAUUGGCACUUGUGGAGUUAAAAUACCUUUAUCACAAGGCUAGCUACCGAAGCAGUCUAAGAAUGUCGUUAACAAACAUCUGGGGUGAUACGGUGAGCUUUCGUUGGACCAUACAAUGAGAUGAGUCACAUAUUACAAUGUGCUAUAACUCACAUUAUUUGAUAGAUAUAUAAUAAACACAAUAAGAUCUUCUAAUCAUGCAGCUCUGAACUCUCAAACUGAGAGAGUUUUUAUUGGUCUCAGUGACUUUCUUACUAAACCUCAAAAUCAGACAGGACCACUAGCAAACUUAGAUGCUCUAGAUCAGGGGUGCCCAAUAGGUAGAUCCCCACAUGUUUUAAAACUACAGCUUCCAUGAUACUUUGUCAUUCUACAGCAUUCUAAAGGAAUGUAAAACAUAAUGUGAGUUGUAGUGCUACAAAAUCUGGGGAUCUACCUAUUGGGCACCCCUGCUCUAGAUGAAGAUAUUACCAACCCCAAGGUAAUACCCAAAAUUCACAUACCAGUUGGUCGAAUUCCCUAAAAUGUGUAUCUAUUUGUCUUUAAGGCAGGCAGGGCCGUCUUUAACGCGGGGCAAACGGGGCAGCUGCCCCGGGCCCAGUUUCUCUUGGGGGGCCCGAGGCACCUGCCCCGUGGGCCCCGCUGACCCCGGCGGGCGGGUGGCCGGUCGGGCAGGAAGGCGGGUGCGCGAGGGAGCACUCACUGCUUCCUCUUCGGCUCCCUCGCGCACCGCACUGAUGCCGGAGCCGGAAGAUGACGUCAUCUUCCGGCGCCGGCAUCCCUACGCAGCGGCCAGCGAGGGAGAAGCAGUAGUCUCCUCGCGUGCCCCUCCCUGCCGACUGACCUUCCCCCCAAGCCAACAGCACCACUGGACCCCAGGGAAUCCCCCCAGCACUCCAAAAGGUAAGGAGGCUGGGGGGAUUACAUUUAAAAAAAAAAUGUGUAUGUGUGUGUUAGUGUAUGUGUUUGUGUGUUAGUGUGUGUGUUAGUGUGUGUGUGUGUUAGUGUGUGUGUUUGUGUGUUAGUGUGUGUGUGUUUGUGUGUUAGUGUAUGUGUUUGUGUGUGUGUUUGUUUGUGUGUGUGUAUGUGUGUGUUAGUGUUUGUGUGUUAGUGUAUGUGUGUGUUAGUGUAUGUGUGUGUUUGUGUGUGUUAGUGUAUGUGUGUUAGUGUGUGUUUUUGUGUGUGUUAGUGUAUGUGUUUGUGUGUUAGUGUAUGUGUGUGUUAGUGUAUGUAUGUGUGUGUUUAUGUGUGUUAGUGUGUGUGUUUGUGUGUUAGUGUAUGUGUGUUAAUGUAUGUGUUUGUGUAUGUGUGUUAGUGUGUGUGUAUGUGUGUUAGUGUGUGUGUGUGUUAGUGUGUGUUAGUGUAUGUGUGUUAGUGUGUGUGUUUGUGUGUUAGUGUAUCUGUGUGUUAGUGUAUGUGUGUGUUAGUGUAUGUGUCUGUGUGUCAGUAUGUCUGUAUAUGUGCCUGUGUCAGUAUGUCUGUCAGUACGUCUACCAGUGUAUGUGUCUGUGUGUGUGUCAAUAUAUGUACCUGUGUCAGUGUGUCUGUCAGUGUAUGUGCCUGUUUAUCUGUAUGUAGUCAGUGUAUGUAUCUGUGUAUCUGCUUGUGCGUCAGAGUGUGUACCUGUGCAUCUGAGCCGCAACUUUAAAUACAAAUACACCCCUCCAUUCAAACUUCAACACUACAUAUAAAACACACUCCUGCAUUGAAACGUCAACACUACAUACAAGCACACUCCUACAUUCAAAAACAAACACUACACAUAAAUGCACACUUGCAUUCAAACUCCAGUACCACAUACAAACACAUUCACACAAACAUACUCCAUACAAACACAUGCUUACAUUCAAACAUACUAACAUGGCUCAGUGCUAAAUACAACCCUGCAAGCAUGGGAAAUUGGUAGAGUCCCAGCUGUCAAAGCAUUGUUGGAGUUGCACGACAGAUGGGGUUCUACCUUUAGUCCAACCUUGCAAUUGGGGGUCCCAAUAAAAUUCAUUCUACUUUAGUACCGCCACUGCGUUGGGAUGGAUGCCGUGAUUGCAUACCAGGGAGUGAGGGGCGAGAGCGGCAGGGCACAGGGGGCCCAAGCAAACACUUGCCCAGGGUCCAUUCGUUAUUAAAGACGGCCCUGAAGGCAGGCUGUUGGUCAGCCUGUCCUUCUGACGAUCAGUUACUCUGUCUAAUUCUCUGUCGUAAAUUUUCUGUGAAGGAUCUGAUUAACAUAUCAUAGCAACGAACAGUGUGUUACAGAAACAAUUACUCAUAGGGUUCUGGAGCUAACGUAUAGAGUCUCAAUACCCAAAAGAUGACCUUAUGUCCCCAUAUCAAACUAUUCACCAAUUGUAGUUAAUUUUAUUACCUGUUGGAUAUUUUUUAUUCCUUUUAAUAAGUUUCUUUGUUUGGCAGCAGCAGAUCUAUAGGACAUUAUCCGUUCCUUCCCAAUCCCGGCACUUCUAAAUACGUAUGCACACGCAAACAGACUGACUAUCGCGAUUCACGUACAACCAGGCUAACUGGGGUCAACCCAAACCGACCCACAUGGCUGACAUAAACUGACACACACAAACGCACAGACUGACAUAUAAAAAUAGACCUGCUCUAGAAGACUGACAAAAGGCGCACAAACUGAUAUAGAUCUUACCCCAGACUGACACAUACAGACAUAUAAAAACUGAUACAUGGACACAUACAUAGAUUGACAGUUUGACAAACACGCACUCACUAAACCACACAGACAGGCAUAGACUUUAAAAACGUCCUAUACUGACACACACCGUGGUUCGGUAAUGGAUCAUUGGGCAGCAUCACAAGUCAUGGAGCAAUACAUCCAAUGUACAGAACGUAUUGAAGCACUUUGUAAAGUUUAGAUCCAUAUAGUCACAAUACGAUCUCUGUAAAUUAUAGAUUUGUAAACCACAAUGUGCCCUUCGAAAUAACAAACUUCAAAUUUUGGUGGAAUAAUCUAGAUUUCAUAAGUGGCUCAUUUUUUGCAUGUACUUGUUUCUAUAAAAAAAGAUUUUCAAGUGGAAACAAAAGAAGAGUUCUUUUAAAAAAAAAGUCAUGCAUCUGGCAUCAGGUUAUUUAGUGGCACUUUGAGUUCAACGUAGCUAACAGUAGGUAGAUCAACAGUAGCCAAACAUUGUCCAAAAUCAGCUAUUUCACCCAAACAUUUGAUAUUUUAUACUAUUCAGUUGUUGGCAAACAGCAAACUGUAGCUACAACUAUUUGGUAAUUUUUAGUAAUUUAGCUAUUUACAAACUGCCAAAUAGCAACUUUAUGGCAACCAAGUUCCCUUAUUUUUUUAAUCCAAUUCUUUUGAUAAAGGACAUUUUACCAGUAACUCUAAACUCCGUAACACCAUGAUGAUAUUCAACCUUUAUCUUGCUUAGUUCUGUCUUUUAUUUUUUUCAUGCUAGGGUCACUUGGUCUGACUCAUUGGACUCUUGGACUCAAUGUGACUUUAAUUUGGUCGGUAGACAGAGUGCAGUGAAAUUAAAUCCGUCCAAUUUAAAUGAAAUGAAGAAUAUAGAGUUAGAAAUACAAAUUGUAUUACUACUCACUAGCGUCCUGAUUGCAGAUCAAUUUUAAUUCCCCGUCCCUGUUUUUUCUUGUGGAAAAAAAUAUUAUAAUUUUUUUGUCCGAGACUCCAUCUAUGCAGCUCCGCCUCCCAUGACAUCAUCUAUCUCUUUUGCAGAUUGUCCAAUCCAAUGCUCCUGAUAGCAUUGAGAACUGAUGAGCAUGCACAGUGAGUGCCAAAAACAACUCCAAAUGCUUCUCAUUGAAUGAAAUGCUUUCUUAUGAGCUUUAAAGUUGCAUGAUCGAGUUUAGUUUUUGUAGAGAAUGCACCUCUAGUGGCUGUCAAUAUGACAGCCACUAGUGGAGUGUUUAACCCAGCAAUGGAAACAUCACAGUUUCUACAAAACGACAAUGUUUUACAUUUCAGGGUUAAAAUGACAGGACCACUGCCCCCAGAACACUUCACUGAGAUAGUGCAUUGCAGGGCUUAGCUCCGACAGAGAGCAACAAAUCUCUCUCUGAUAAGUAAUUUGUAGAGGAGUGUAGCAGACCCCAGUGGAUAGCAGGUAAGAAGACUAUACAACUAUAUAGAGAUGGUAUCCUGCGUACAGUGGAGGGGUCCCAAGGCUCUCCAGGCACCAUAAGUACUACAUUGAGCCACAGUGGUUAUGGUGCAUGGAGUGUUAUUUUACCGCUAUACCAUAAUUUCCCUCUGUUAAACUCAUUAUAAACCUUACUUAUGUCACUGUGUAUUAAUAUCCACCUGUUUUUCACAGCUCCACAGCUGAGACGCUCUGCUUGUAAAUAUUGAUAUCCUGUAUCAUCACUUACAGUGUCAGGGAAAUAGUGACAGAAUUAAAACGGCUGUGAUCACAUACUGAUAUGGAACACUUUUUACUGGCUUACAGCGUUAUUCACUGAACCAGGAAUUGUCCAGGAUUCAACAGUGAAUCUCAUACUAAUAGCUAAACGGCAACAUUCUACAACUCAACCAUAUAUUUUCACUAUUCACUAUUUUGGCCUAAGGUUAUAAAAUCUCUGGUUACUUCUCACCUGCUUCAGGUAGAGUGAACAAACCUUUUAGUAUUUAUCAUAUUCAGUCAGUGUCUUACAGGGUUUUAAACAGCAGAUCUAAAAAACAUCUAAAAACACACCUUAUCUUGCCGAAGUGCUUUAUGUAUGAAGAGUGUGUUUUAUUUGUAUAAUUUUACAAAAAGUGCAGGUUUCAAUAGAAAUUGGAAUUUUUACAAAUUAACCUUGUUACACCACCCUGGCUGUCGUCCAGGAAGUGGCCCUGUUACUGGUUGUUUAGCUCAGGGGAGCUACAGUAAUUACGCUGAUACCACGGGCAGUGAUACACCAGCCAUUCCCAGAGGCAAGCAUCUCCUCAUAAAAAAUACAUUGAGGAUAGUUUAGAGCCUCCUUACUGACUCGAGAAGCACCUCGCUGUGCCCACCAGCCCCUUUGUGUGUCUUUUUGUGUCCCUCAGUGUUUCUUUUUAUGCCUCUCUGUGUGUCUUUUUGCCGCCUCUCAGAGACACCCCUGUUUCUCUUUUUGCCUGGCAGCCCCUCUGUGUGUGUGUCUUUGUCCCCCCUUCAGCAUCUUUGUGUGUCUUUUUGUGCCCCUAGCCCCUCUGUGUGUCUCUUUGUUCCCAUACUAGUUCUUCUGCAUAUAUUUUUCCCCACAGCCCCUUUGCGUGUCUUUUUGUGCCCCCUUCUACUGUUUCGUUCUUUGCCCCCUCCUUCAUGUGCCCUUCUUUUGUCCCCCUCUUGCCCCACUCCUCUCCUGUGCAUUUCUUUUAUCCUCUUCCCCUCCUGUGCCAUUCUUUUGUCCCCUCAUCAGUUGUGCCCUCUUUAGUCCCCUCACUUACUGUGCCCCUCUUUUGCCUCCCUCCCCUCCUGUGUCACUUGGAGACCUACCAGGCACCCCCUAAUGAGGGGCACCAAAGGCAGUCCCCCCCCCCCCUUCGUAUGCCACUAAAUGCAGUAAUAAAACUGACCCUAGCGGGGUCAAACAUUUGGUGCAGUGUUUUUUCAUCUGAGAUUAAAAAGACAAUCAUUUUCUCUUUCUGCCCGAAAGACUUUGAUCCAAAAUUAUAGCUACAAGCAUGAGAAACAAGUAGUUUGAUUAAGUCAAGUUAUUUGACAUGAAUGAGCAGUCACCCGUAUAUAUAUAUAUAUAUAUAUGUGUGUAUGAUUUUUGGUAGAUCUGAAGAACUUUAAUACACUGUCACAUUAUGGGGCUCAUAACGGCUUGACAGAUUGUCAGAUGAGAUGCAAGUCACUGUGUGAGUCGUACUAUGACAGUUAGGAAGCUAGGGAGAAUAACUUAUGUGACAUUUGAACAAAUGCUAUUAAGCGUGGAUAAUUAAUUAGUGAUAGGGCAAGAAAACAAAGGUUAGUUUGUAAGUUUACCUGCACGAGUUCAGCACAUUUUCUAACUCUGUGAAAUUCUGUAUCGCUGAAAAGACAUUCCAGAUUUUUUAAGGAAUUGUACAGUGUAUGAAUUAGGCAUAAAUAUUUGGGAGAAACAGUCUCGAUUUAAUAUUUUUGGAUAAGCUUUUUUAAAUUAUUUGAUAUUUUUGGCUAUACUAUUAAAAUGGUUUAUUCAAAAUAGUAAAAUGUUAAAAUAUUUUUCAAAAUAUAAAAUUUGGCAGGGGUGUCAGAUUGCGACCUUCAGCCGUUGUAGGACCAUAUCCCAUCAUCAUUUUCUAUUAGCUUAUCACUAUGGCAAUGAAUUAUUAUUACCCCAGUACAAAUCUGAUUCAAUCAGACAUACCUAGCAUUCUGGGGUAAAUCUGAUUAUUUGCAGGAAUUAUAGACACUUUUAUGAAUCUGUCCCAUUGAGUAUUGUAUGCAAUUAAUUAUUUCUACCUGCAGUGAAUUAAAAAUGAAGGCUUUUGCACCAUCAUGCUCACUUCUGCUGCUUGGCUUGUUACUUUGUGGACUUGGUUCUGGUACUGGUGAGAGAGGCACAGACAGUCCGGCACAGGGCGCAGAGCCAUUAAUUCGGGAGAAAAGAGAUGAAGAUCCACAAUAUGCAGGUAAUAAAAACAUAUGCAAAAGAAAACAAAUGAAAUAUGUUUUAUUAUUACCAUAAACACACCAGCACACAAUGGUACUUAACUUAUGUAAAUGAUGCAACUUCCCAGGUGUUUGUUUCCAAUUUACUACCCCUUGUUGAACAACUAGAUACACACAAUAUUUGGGAUUCAGCUAUACAUCCGUAAAGGGAUACAAACAAACCAUAUAGUAAAGUACAGUAAAAUCACAGUUAGCUCUGGGCUCCAGAAAUGCACUCAAAGGAAAUAUAAGAGUCUGUCGUGUUGGGGGGCCUCCCCUGGUCAAGGCUGGGGGUCUAUCACCUUCUUGACCUCCUUCCACCAAUGAUAUGGUUCAGAAAAAUCGGUGUAAAAUGUAAAAUCUUUUUCUCCAAAAUGAUUUAUCUUAUACAAAAUAACAAAACACAAACAAUGUAAAUCAAAUAAAUAAAAUGUCCUACGCGUACACUCCACAGUAAAAUAUAAUAAAACCGUACAGCAAAGCAGUAUUUUUACCUGAGGGUGCUGUAUGGUUUUGUAUGGUAUGUAUGGCUUACUUUUAUCCCUUUACAGAUGUAAAGCUAAAUCCCAAAUAAAUACAUAUAUACAUGCCCAAAGUUUAAAGUCCAAUAUGCAAUGUUACCAUAGGUGUGCUUAGCACCCAUCAUGGGCAGGGGGCUCCCAGUGCCACGUCUGCCACCACAACCACUUACACAUCUGUAGGGCUCCCAGUGCCAGGAUUGCCACCACAACCACUUACACAUCUUUAGUGCCCAAGUGCCCGGACUGCCACCACAACCACUUACUAGACAUGUGAAAUUAAUUUCAUGCAAUUCGGACAUUCGGAUGUUUACGAAGUUCCGAAGUGCCGAAGUUCCAAAUUACCGAAGUUCCGAAUUGCCGAAGUUCGGUAGUUCGAAAGUGCCGAACUGAACCAAAUGCCAUUGGCCCAAAUUGCCUAAGAAGACAAAUUUUUUUACUUAUCCAAAUUUACGAACCAAACCAAAUCUUUUGCCCAUGCACAUCCCUAGCUAUAUUACAUGACCGUUGACCACUUCACCUCCAUGUACCACAUCCUCUCUUUAAAAAAACAAUUAAACCCAAAUUUCCAUAGGUGGAUAGGGCAAUGACCAAAGCUUUUAUUUAAAUGUAUUUAAAACUUAAGCCAGUAUAAUGUAAUACCAACUGCUGGCAGCCGGCCGGAGAACCAGCAGGCAGAGAACCUUAACGUUACAAAAAGUUAUUUUCAGUCUGCAUCCUUUCUUCAAUCAAAGGCAGGUUGUGACUCCCCAAGCCCAUUCUAGGCAAUGCUUCAUCAAAAGUGGCAAAGCUGGCAAAGUCUAAAACCUAAAGCUGAGACAAAAAACCCCCCAAAAAACAAACAAACAAAACACUACAAAUUCAAUAACACUUUUUAAACAAGUAGAGGGCAUGUGGGAAACUCUGCUAACCUCCCUCAGCAGGUUCUCAAAUCAACUGUCAAACAUUUCCAGUGUGACCGGACCAGGUAAAUUUCUCUACAUUGUAACUACGGGCCAUGACUACGCCACAUGGCAGCAGUCAUGUUCCCCCCUUUACAUCCACUCGGGGGAAUGCCAUUCUCCCAUGUAGCCACUGCACAUGGCCUGCCUUGAAUGACUGCCUGCUAUUGCUCAACAACUCUUGGUGUAAACAGGGGAUAUCCAUCGGGGACAGUUUCUUGGUUAGCUGACACCUCAUAUUCUUAGACUCAGCUCUGUCCAGAGGUAAUUUUUUUUAUCAAUCUUAACCAAUUAUGGGGGUUUAUAAUGCAACAAUUUGGAUACAUGCACUUUUUAUUGCAUCACUUGUGAUUUUAUUUAUUCAUCUUAAUUGUAUGCUUAUUUUUAGGCAACACAUGUUUUUAUCAAUAAAUAUGUCUUGCUAACUUUUUUUAUACAUUCUUAUCUCCCAACAUUGAGAGGUUUGUAAUUGGGAAGGGGGGGGGAUAGGUUCUGAGAGGCAUUUUCGCUAGUGACGUGACUCUCAUCACUGGCGAUGCCCAUAAUGGGCUGGUCUGCCCCCUUACUUAUAGGACCAUGCAGGGUCCUAGUCCUAGAAGUUUUUUUUUCUUGUUUGUUUGGCUAUUUCCUUGCUGCAAAUCAUGUAUUUGUUUUUUAUUUUGAUCUUUCUUUUUAUUUUAAGAUGAAAAUUAUUGGUCCGGUGAACAAGACCGAUGGCCAAUAUUUGAUGAGAUGUCAAAGUAUUCAAUUAAAAAGAAGCGACCUCUUGGAAAGAGAGAUGACUUGGAAGGAAAGGUGAUCUAUGGAACAAGUCAAAUGGAAUCAAGAAAACGAACACCAGAAGAUGAUAACAACGACAUUUCAAGAAGAGUAAACUUGGAAAAGAGCUUAUAUGAUUUUCUUUCAACAAGAUCGCAAACUCCUUCCAACAGGGGGGACAAAGACAAUCUAAAUGACUUGUACUUGGCAGCAGAAUUGUUGAAAAGGCAUCGGGUGCCAAGAGGCUUAGAUAAUAACAAUGGCAAGGUUGAGUCAGGUCAUGAUAUGAAUGCCUACAACCCAUCUGAAGAAAGUGUUCAGUUUGAUAGUAUCGACAGAGGGGCUAAACUAGUUAAAUCAGUAAUUUGAGAUUGUUAACGCAAUCGUACAAUCAGAGUCAGAUUGGUCUACAGUAAAAUUAAAACAAUAUUUAGAACACAAAGUAUACUGAAUUAAACAAUUAAAAAAAAUCUGCAUAUCAUUAGUUUAGGUUUGUAGUUGCUUAAUCCUAUCAAAUUUGAUUCCCCAUCGUACGCCAAACACAACUGCCAAACCCCCGAGGCCAACUUUUAAUAAUCCAAAUAUUUUUUGGGCUACAGAUGCCAUAUUUGAACUGGCUCUGGUAUGUGCGAGUUAUAUUGAAAAAGAAAGCAAGUGAUGUGUUGGUCUCCCUUGACCUUGAAACGCCCCCAAAAUAUUGGAAAUUCCAAGCUAAUGAGAAGAUUGAUAAUGCCAUCUAACAUUUCUUAUUAUUCUUGAACCCUUUUUUUCCACCAGUGUAGAGACAGACCUACAAAGACUUACUUGUUAUCUAAACACUGGGCAAAUAAACCAUCUUAAUCAAAGUUAUUAUUAUUAUUACUGGUAUUUAUAUAGCGCCAGCAUAUCCCGUAGCACUUUACAAUAUUAUCAAAGGGGGAGAUUUAACAAUAAAUGAGACAAUUACAAAAACUUACAGAACAAUAGGUUGAAGAGAGCCCUGCUCAAACGAGCUUACAGUCUAUAGGUAGGCUGGUAUCGCUAUAGAGGCACAGAAAUUAUACUACAUUCACAAGAAUAAGAACGCAAUGGCAUCACACCACAGUUUCUAGAAGGUUAAGUUUAUGGAGGAGUUUACGUUAUUUUUAAGGUAUGGGGCAAACAGAGUAAACUUUGUUUUUAGGGGGAUUGUAAGGGUUCUUAAGCAUUAGCAAUAAUCAACCCUAAAGCUACUACAAGUAAAAAAUAAUUGGAGGGACUGGAGCACCUUUGCAAUUUUUUGUCUAUAUUUUGCAAUUUAAUUUUGAAUUCCCUACAAUUUACAGUUUAGUGAGUACAAACCUUAGAGUUUACGUGCAGAUUUAAAAAAAAAAAAAGCAUUGCAGUUUGCUUUCACUUUAAUAUAUUUUUAAAAAAACUCUUUUUAAGUAACAAUCUUCCGUGGACCUUCAUGGUAGCCUAUGUCGUCACAUGAAACUUUAGUGGGUUUUGCAAAAUAAAAUUAAAGGUGGUUUACUUAAAGAUGUUCAAUUAUAAUGUCUGUUCAAUUAUAAAGAAUCCCUAUUUAAACUAGGCAGGUCGUUUCCAGACUCAGUUUCAGGAGCCAACGUCACAACUGCUGUACUUACGCGCAUGCGUGAGAGUAGAGCCCAGAGGUCUACGGAGGGUCCCACAAGACUGUCGGUUUUUCCAGACACACAUACAAUUCCCUGCAGCCAUCACUGGUGACGACUGUCGGGAUUAACACUGUAGCUCUGUGCAGAAGUGUCAGGGGUAGGAAAUAUACAGAGAGAAAUUGGUCCCUAUUUUGUGUCAGUAUAUCUCUUGAAUGGGUUGAUAUUUUAGUGAAAUUCCAACACAGUCCAAACGAGUAUUUCAUAAACAAUAUUACAAAACAUACCUUGAAAAAUUUAAAAUAGUGUAUUUUGUUCUUGAUUAUAUUUACAUUGCUAGAUAGGCAGUUUCCACUAGCAGACUAUAUGUUUUUUUUUUUUUUAGUGUUGAGUAUGUAGUAUAGAUCGUUAUAUCAUGUGAUAGCAAAAAAAAAAAAAAAUAGCUUUCUUGCUUUUAAUAUUAUUUACUCCUCCCUUAUAAUUAGGAUAUAAAUAGGGUUAUUCAAUAAAAGUGAGAAUUCAAAGUGAAUCUUAAAUUUAAGGCUAAAAUAACUGAGAAUUUUUCCGGUUUGGUUAUUUUGACCUUAAAUUUGAAAUUCAGUAGUGAAUAUCCCCGUAAAUGUAAAUUUUAAAAGAAAAAAGUGUAUUACAUGAAAAUAAGAAAGAUUUACUUAUUUCCAUAGAACAGACGGUUACUCUUUAAGUGGGCCUGUUUGUGUUUAGUUUUCUUACAUUUAAAUAUUGUCCCUAUUCCCCGAAGCUUUGAAUUAUCACCAUAACGUGCUGUAGAAUACGUUAAUGCUGUAUGAUAUAUGUUUCUGGGUCCAAUUAAUAAAUCAUAAUAAAUAUUAGACAUUUCUAAUUAUAGUUCUCUCCGUUCAAGUAAAUUGUGCGUAAAAUAUCCCUGUGCUAGAAUUAUGUUGUCAGUAUAUUGUCUGUGAUAUUUUAUUUAAUGUUGGUGGUUAUAUAUUUUGUAAUGUUUGGAAAAUAUGUUGCCUUGCACAACCUGUUGUAUAGCAUGACAUAAUAAAGUAUUUGCUUCAAGAAUAA